GUACAGACUAACACGUGGUCAUGUGACACUCUUACACACUGACAGCUUUGCAUGCGCCUUUAUUUCUCUGUAUCACUAUUGGUCAGUGCUGAUAGUGACUCCACUCAUUUUCUCCAAACAAGGAAGUAUUAUCUGUUUGAAAGCUUUAUGGAGUAGUGAAGCAUUAAGAAGUUUUUGAGUUACCAUGUUUUCAGAGAUACUUUUGCUGCUGUUGUUUCUUUCCGUAGACAUGACUGUGAGCCUGGGACCAAAGCAAGACAUAGAAAUUACAUUUAUAUUACCCGCUGGUUCAACCGAGUGCUUCUAUCAGCCCACGAAGAGAGGAGACACUAUGGAUUUUGAAUAUCAGGUAAUUGCUGGGUCAGGCCUGGACGUAGGCUUCUCCCUGAUCUCCCCCAGUGGACACCGACUGGUCUCUGACUUCAGGAAAUCCGACGGCCUCCACAUGGUGGACCCCACAGAGGAUGGGGACUACCGCAUGUGCUUUGACAACAGCUUCAGUAAAAUGUCCCUGAAGAUGGUUUACUUUGAAGUGGUGCUUAAUGCUCAGAGUGACACGAGACAGGAGGAGUGGGACGAGAUGGACGAGGACAAUCUGCUCGAGUACAAGCUUCAGGACAUCAGAACCAGUUUGGACACAAUCCGCAGACAUUUUGACAGGACCAGGCUGGUGCAGGCUGCUCUCCGUGCAUUUGAGGCCAGGGAUCGUUAUCUCCUGGAGGAUAACUUAUGGCGGGUGUCCUUCUGGUCCUGUCUGACAUUGCUUGUGAUGCUGGGAGUCGCCACUGCUCAAAUUUACACUCUGAAAAAACUGUUUGAUGACAAAAAGAACGUACGCGCAAAGGCUUAAGACUUUUUCUAAAGACAUUCAGCGAGUUUUGGGAUUUUAUUUUUUAUUUUUUGUACUUGAAAUUAUUAAUGCUGUAUGCCACUGUGAAAUUUUUUAUAAGGGAAAUUAUACAGUAUAGUAUUUUAGAAGUAAUUAUACACUAAUGUGGAAGUUUGUCAAUGAAUUGAACCAAUGAUUCACAAAAACUUAUAGAAGUCUAGUUGAAUCAAAAAACCUUUGCACAAUAUUGCAUAACCAUGUUGUCAUCUUAUUUAAAGGACUCAUAUUACGCUAUUUACUGAUCUAUGUUGUUGUUUCCUCAUCACAAACAUACCUGGAGUUGAGCGUGUUUCAUUCACACAUUUAGAACACGGACCUUGCAUAAUGAGUUCUUCUCUCAAACAGAAAACACUCUAUUCCUCUAUGUGAUGUCAUGUUGUAAUACAGGAAGUGCUCCAAUGUGGUUUUAAACUCAAUACACUUUAAUUAGAAUCAUUUGGAUAAUUUUAGUCCUAUAAUUGCCCAUCUCUAGUGAACAAAAGGUAAAAGGAGCGGUUAACAUGAAAAUAAUCACUAAAUGCCAUUUCAAGGUAGAAUAGAGCGUUUUGAGCUUUAAGGAUGUACACCGAUUAAUAGGCUAAUGCAGGAAUACUCAAGAGUGUGAAUGAAAUAAAUCACAACUCCAGGUAUAUUUUUAAUGAGGUAACAACAUUCUAACAUGGUUUAAAGCUCCCAAGAAACCAUUUUGUGUAAUAUUGGACCUUUAAAUACAGUGGCAAAGACAGCGCACUGCAUUAAUUAUUUAAGCAGCUAACUUCUUCUGUCUUUAUUUUACCUAGAUUUUCAUAUAAACAUUUAAACUUGUAGCAAAAGAAAAAAUG